UUCAAUAUAAUAUUUUAGUGUAUUUUUAUCGCAAAAUUUUAUUCAUGAUGUUUUUGCAUAUUUUGUUGUUAAUUCUUAUUUAAUUUUAUUAUUGAAACAGACAUGUAAUCUAUUCCUACGUAACACAAAUUAUAAAGGUACCAAACCAGCCACUUUCAAGAGUCGCUACUUAACGACAUACAAGCAAAUUUAAAAAAUCAACUCGGUAUGAACAAAGACCUUGGUUCGUAAAAAUGUCAAAUUUCAAAUACCCAGAGGGCCAUCCUGCCUACGAAUUAGAAAGGAAACUCCGUUUUUACACGACCGUAUCACAAGACAGACCUCAGACGAUGUUUUUGGUUGUAGUAGAUCCUGUAAAUUCUGGAAUGUCGGUUUUCCACCACACCCACGAUUGGCCAUGUUCGGAAUCAAAAUCUGGUAAUCCUGGUUAUACGAAGAUCGAACCAAUAGAAGGCCUUCCUCCAAAAUCCAUAUUGAACCGUGGAUGUUAUAUACGACGUUAAUGGAAAAAUUUGAAUGAAUCAAAGUACAUAGCCUAAAAAAGGAUGCAAUCGUGGGUGUUUUGUAAAAGGAAUCUUGACCAUGGCCGUCUUGAAAUGUACAAAAAUUCUACACCCAUAUUACCAUUGUGCCAAAUUAUGUGGAAUAGAAAACAUCAAAAAAUUUAAAGUGGUAUUUUUAUACAACAACAAAAUCCAAAUUCUCAGUUUCCUCGCUGAUCUUAGAUUCUAAAAACGCGGUCGUCAUGGGCAGAUGCUGUAACACUAUUCCGUUACAAUGCGCUAGAAGCCGUGAAUUACGGGGUAGUAUUCUAUACACAGACUGCCAAUGUCUACGCAGAAAUGGACUGCAGUUAGAUUGCCGUAGAACCGGAUGUCAGAACGCCCCCCCAUGUGAGGCUAUACCGGCACCGCUCUGCGAGCCAGCACGCAUCGCCGGCAUAAAACAUUGUUGCAACCCACACGCUGAACCUCUCUGUGUAGUAGCUCAAAUGCGACACUGAAAUCACCAACGCUGUAAUAAUAGAAAAAGUUCUGUUACCGAAAGUCACGCACGCUCUAAUUAUUGUGGUGAUCUUAACGAGAAUCAGCCUCAUGGAAUAGUGUACCACCAUUUUAGCAAGUCCAUUGGUUAACUCACUUUUUAACAAAUGUGUUUUCAAGAAGUGUAUUAUUCAUUUAUAACGAACUGGUACUAAAUUCUAAAUUUUGAAAACAGAAAGGAAAAAUUUUCCGGCAUGUCAAGAACAAAUGAAUUGACAGAAGAUUUUCACAACUCGUCUCGUGCAGAUGUAAUUUUAUAAAAAAAUUGAAUAUUUUGAAAAUUCUAAAUUGACUAGUACAUUUUACACCGAAUGAUUUUUGAAUUAUUUAUGUAAGGUUUUUAUAUUAAAAAUAAUUAAAGAAAUUAAAAACCCCCUCCUCGAAUCUUUAAUAUCUUCGGUGCCGUACAGCAUAAAACUAUCAAAAUGUGUUCCCCAUGUGGGCCCAUGGUAUGUUACAAAUAUGAAGACUGCGGUCCACCGAAAGGCAAAGCCUCUGAAGGAGUCACACGAGCGGAGGAGGGUGGCACACAAAAAAAGGAAGAAAGAGAAAAUCAGCUACGAAGAAUCAAAAGCCGUGAGCUAAGAGGCGGGAUUAUGUAUUAUAGUUGUCAUUGCAUCAAGCGUAAUGGGCUUCAGCACGACUGUCGUCGUACUGGCUGCCAAGGCGAGCCUGCUUGUCUGACAUUACCUGAUCCCGUUUGCUUGCCAAGUCAGCUGGCGCGUGCGCGAGGUUUGGCCGACCCCGCGCCUCUGGCUGCACAUAUGCAUGGACGUGGGGGUGGCAGCCCAGCCGGUAUUUCGGGUGGCGCCGCCGGAGGGGGGAAAAAGUUCAUUGUCUGCGAAUUGAAAGGUGUUGCCCCGGACGUUGCAACUAACAAUAGUGGAAAAUGCUGUUGUUGCGCCCCGGCGAGUGAUGCGGGUGCCGGUGCGGCUGCAGCGAGCGGUGGGCCAGGAGUAGGAAUGCCGGUCCUAGUGAUGAAGCUAUGCUGAUUGCAGGACUCAUUGGUUUUCAACAAGCUUUAAGAAAAAGUGCAAAACUCGAUUAUGUAACUGAAAUAAAUGUUACC